CCACCUUGCUUUUUGGCAGAUCUGCGGUUUUCCCUCUCUCUCAUUCCCUUCCCUCCUCGGAUACCCCCCUAUUUCUGAUGAGCAUGAUGGUUUGUUGCGUCUAGAUGGCUCUGUUUUGAGCUAGCCAUGAAUGUCAACACCAUACAACAACAAUCUUCCCACUUUAUAUAUCUCUCUCAGAUCUCUACGUGUGCUUAUGCGUUUUUGUGAGAAAGGAAGAUAAAGCUCAGUUGUCCAUGGAAGUAUCACCUGAACACACUUUCGGUCGAAGUCGGAUCUCCAAGUCUUCCACCCCUAGUUGUCAGUUCAGGUGACAGAUUAAUAGUAAAACCAAUCCAAACCCACCUGUGAAUACCCCCAGAACACAAGUUUUAAGGGGCAGUACUGUCUCUGCAUGCAUGAUGCAUCUCAAUUCGAAGAGAAACAUCCCAGCACGUCUAUAUCCAUCACAGAAGAAUCAAUUCAUUCAUUUUCUAUGAACAACAUCAUGAUGCAUUGUCUCUCCAAUCAUUAGGUGUAUUGAUAAUCAUGGGCCAUUUGUCGGCCUUAAAGAGAUUUUCUACCACCACCACUGCCGCCACCCUCCCCACCACCACCACAACCUUGAAACACCGCUCCUCCCGAACCCGUAAGGGCUUCUUCACCAACCUUAGGGUGACUAUCCUCUGCGCCUUCAUCACCGUCCUCGUCCUCCACGGCACCAUUGGCCUCAACCACCUCUUCCCCUCCAUCACCACCACUACCACCACUACCCACCUCAUAGAAGAAGCCAAUCGAAUCGUAGCCGAAAUCCGAUCCCAAAAUGACCCAUAUGAUGAACACUUGGAACCCACCAUCAAUCCCAACAAAACCUACACCUUGGGUCCCAAAAUCAACAAUUGGGACAUUUCUAGAAAAUCUUGGUUCACCCAAAACCCCAAUUUCCCAAACUAUGUAAAUGGGAAAGCUCGCAUUUUGCUUGUAACUGGGUCUCCUCCAAGCCCCUGUGACAACCCAAUUGGCGAUCACUAUCUUUUGAAGUCUAUCAAGAACAAGAUUGAUUACUGUCGAAUUCACGGCAUUGAGAUUGUCUACAACUUGGCCCAUCUUGAUACGGAGCUUUCUGGGUACUGGUCGAAGCUUCCAUUAAUUCGACGGUUGAUGCUUUCGCACCUGGAGGUCGAGUGGAUAUGGUGGAUGGACAGUGAUGCUCUUUUCACUGAUAUGUUUUUUGAAAUCCCAAUUCCAAAGUAUGCUGAUUACAAUCUUGUUAUUCAUGGGUACCCUGAUUUAUUGUUCAAUCACAAGUCCUGGAUUGCAUUGAAUACUGGGAGUUUUUUGUUAAGGAAUUGUCAGUGGUCUUUGGAUUUGCUUGAUGCUUGGGCUCCAAUGGGGCCGAAAGGUCCGGUUCGUGAUGAAGCUGGGAAAAUUUUGACACAUAACUUAAAGGGUAGGCCAGAAUUUGAGGCUGAUGAUCAGUCUGCAUUGAUAUACUUGUUUAUUUCAAAGAAAGAUGAGUGGAUGGAUAAGGUUUUCUUGGAGAAUUCUUAUUACUUACAUGGGUACUGGGCAGGUUUGGUGGAUAAGUAUGAGGAAAUGAUUGCGAAGCACCAUCCAGGGUUGGGUGAUGAGAGGUGGCCAUUUGUGACACACUUUGUGGGUUGUAAGCCUUGUGGGAGCUACGGAGAUUAUCCCGUUGAGAGGUGUUUGAGAAGCAUGGAGAGGGCAUUCAAUUUUGCAGAUAAUCAGGUUCUUAAGUUAUAUGGUUUUAGCCAUAGAGGUUUGUUGAGCCCUAAGCUCAAGAGGAUUAGAAAUGAGACAACUACACCUUUGAAUUUUGUGGACCGGUUUGAUAUUUGACAUUCAGUUCUAGGAUGCAGUGGAUCUCAAAAAUUGUGAGUAACCCUUUUGAAGCUGAUCAAAUGUGAUCUUGUCAAUAAUUUCAAUACAAUUUUGAGUUUUCACUUUUUUGUCUUGUUCUGCCUUAGUGAAACUACUAUUGAUAGUUGAAUAAUACAGUAGUUGAGAAGUUGGAUACAUGUUCUUACCU